GGAAGCCAGUGGAGGGAUUGGCAGAGGGGGGGUGGAGGACACUGAAUGGAGGCCAGUGGAGGGAUUGGCAGAGAGGGAUGGAGGACACUGAGUGGAGGCCAGUGGAGGGAUUGGUAGAGAGGGGUGGAGGACACUGAAUGGAGGCCAGUGGAGGGAUUGGCAGAGAGGGGUGGAGGACACUGAAUGGAGGCCAGUGGAGGGAUUGGCAGAGAGGGAUGGAGGACACUGAAUGGAGGCCAGUGGAGGGAUUGGCAGAGAGGGAUGGAGGACACUGAAGAGGGGUGGAGGACACUGAAUGGAGGCCAGUGGAGGGAUUGGCAGAGAGGGGUGGAGGACACUGAAUGGAGGUCAGUGCAGGGAUUGGCAGAGAGGGGUGGAGGACACUGAAUGGAGGCCAGUGCAGGGAUUGGCUGAGAGGGGUGGAGGACACUGAAUGGAGGCCAGUGGAGGGAUUGGCAGAGAGGGGUGGAGGACACUGAAUGGAGGCCAG